AUAUAACACCUACUGUUACUGCAGAGCAUGCCCCAACAUGUAAUUAAUCACAUCCCAACGGGACAAUUUUUUACAGUGACUUUACCUAUUCUUCUUGCCAACACCCGUGCGUUUCGUUUACUAAUUCAAACCUCAAUAUGGCUCCAAAGUUUGACCCUAACGACAUUCAUUAUGUGUAUUUGAGGCAAACGGGUGGUGAGGUUGGAGCCGCUUCUGUUUUAGCACCAAAAUUAGGUCCUUUAGGUAUGGCUCCGAAAAAGGUUGGAGAUGAUAUUGCCAAACAUACGCAAGAUUGGAAGGGUAUUAAAAUCACAGUGAAACUCACAAUUCAAAACAGACAAGCUACGAUUGAUGUUGUGCCAACAUGCACGUCGCUCCUUAUAAAGGCGCUUAAAGAACCAUUUCGAGAUAGAAAGAAAACAAAAAAUAUCAAGCACAGUGGUGACUUGCCUUUGUCAGUGAUUAUUGACAUUGCUCGCACAUUGCGAGCUGCCAACAAAGGCGUUUUAGCACAAGAGCUUAAAGGAACCGUUAAGGAGGUCUUAGGAACGUGUAACGCUAUAGGAUGCACAGUAGACGGACAAAAACCCAAAAAUUUACAAGAAAUGAUUGAUGAAGAGGAAGUUGAAAUUCCAGAAAUGUAAUUAUA